AACACGCACUGGAACUUCCAAAUACAUCUAUACUUACAUAUGUUAUUAUAUAUAUUCAAUCUGUAUUCUGGCAAUUCAAAUAAAUUAUAAAUAUAUUGGCCUUGCAUUUUGCCUUGUCGUGCCCUAGAUCUCACAGAUUUUAAAUAUAUAAUACAUUUGUAUGUAUAGACGUAUAGAUGCAUGUAUACGGAUCCUUUUGAUUUUAGAUUCAACUUCUUUAUCUCUUUCUUCAGCUCUUUAGUGUUGUUUAAAAUCAGCUAGGAUCUCAGGUACAUAUAUAUGUGCUCUGCAGGUUCAGAUUCUUGCUGAGUCCAGUGUUUGAGGUUCUGCUUGAGGCUGAUAGGUUUAGAUAAAUAAAGUGAAUUUUGGACUUGAGAGGAUGGCUUUGGCCUUUUUUGGGUAUUAACCUCUAAUGCACCAUUCCUAGAUGAAGGCGACUCAGGCGUGGCGUCUAGGCAUGAAAGACAUGCAAAUGAUGCAUGCAUCUCGCCACCGUGGUCAUUUAAAGAAGCCAACAUGGAUAAUAAUAUUGGUCCCUUUAGUCUGUAUCUUCUUAGUUUUGGCUUAUAUUUAUCCGCCUCAGAAUUUUGAUGCGUGCUAUGUACUCUCAUCUAAUGGUUGUGAAACUAUAUCUAAUUGGCUUCCACCUGCACCGGCAAGCGAAUUGACUGAUGAUGAGAUUGCUUCACGCGUUGUAAUUAGAGAUAUUCUGAAGACAGCUCCUAUUGUAUCAAUAAAUUCUAAGAUUGCAUUCCUUUUUAUGACACCUGGUGCAUUACCUUUUGAGAUGCUGUGGGAUAAAUUUUUUCAGGGCCAUGAAGGCAGGUUCUCUGUCUACGUGCAUGCAUCCAAGGAUAAACCAGUACAUUUUAGCGAGUACUUUAUUAAUCGGGAAAUUCGUAGUGACAAGGUAGGAUGGGGAAAAAUUUCAAUGGUUGAUGCCGAAAAACGGCUUUUAGCAAAUGCACUCAAAGAUCCUGACAACCAGCAUUUUGUUCUACUUUCUGACAGUUGCAUACCACUGCAUGAUUUUGACUAUGUGUACAACUAUCUCAUGUAUGCAAAUACAAGCUUUGUAGACUGCUUUGAAGAUCCUGGUCCGCAUGGAAGUGGCAGGUAUUCUGAACACAUGUUACCUGAAGUUGAGAAGAAAGACUUUCGAAAGGGUUCCCAGUGGUUCACUAUGAAGCGGCAGCAUGCUAUUAUAAUUAUGGCUGAUAAUCUGUACUAUACGAAAUUCAGGGAUUAUUGCAAGCCAGGCAUGGAGAAUGGACGCAAUUGCUAUUCUGAUGAGCACUAUUUGCCCACUUUUUUCCAUAUGCUCGAUCCAGCUGGAAUUGCAAAUUGGUCGGUAACACAUGUUGAUUGGUCAGAAGGGAAAUGGCAUCCCAGAUCAUAUCGAGCGCAGGAUGUUACCUAUGAGCUGAUGAGCAAUAUUAUAUCUAUUACAGCUAAUUUGCAUGUUACAAGUGAUGAAAUGAAGGAAAUUCAGAUUAAGCCAUGCUUGUGGAAUGGAAGGCAACGACCAUGUUACUUGUUUGCGAGGAAAUUUCUACCCCAAACUUUAGAUAAGUUGAUGCUUAUUUUCCCCAAUUAUACAUCAUCUAUUUGAGUGGUGUGGUAUCUUCAUAUUGAUUCUUUGGCUGAUUGAAGACCUGCAUUCGACCCCCCUUCAUAUCCACUUUCCACGUAGCUUCUGUUGUAACAUCCCCUCUCGUUACAUAGGAUUGAGAGCCCCCAAGUUGGCUUGUCUUUUAAUGCCUGGACAACUGUGGCCUUUCUGUAAAAUUUUUGAGAAAAGGUUUCAUGCUUAAUUUUCUCCUCCAUUUGACCAACUUAUGUUACAUUCUAAUUUUGGGACGAACUCCCGGGACUUGCUGCAGCACUGUAUGAUUGACCUUGUGUAAAAGUUGCAACUUGCAAAUAAUACCUUACAAUACCUUUCAUCUUUUCCUA